AUGGAAGAACUUCUCCGCGAUCAAAGCUGUCCACGGUCCGCCAACCAAAAGCACCGCUCCCCUCCUCAGCGCCGACGGCAGUACCCACCUGACCGAAAAGAAAAAAUUUUCAGCGAUUGGCUGAGCACUUCAGAAGCGUCCGACGCCGCCACCGCCCGUCUGUCGAAAGUAGCUAUCAAUGUCGAUGUCGACCUACCUCACUCUCUCCACGCAACCAUCAGGGCCGUGCAGCAGCUCUCCUGCGGGAAAGCGCCCGAAUCGGACGCGAUCCCUACUGAGGUCUACAAGCACGGCGGUCCCCAACUCAUGGAUCACCCGACGGCGCUCUUCCUGGAGAUGUGGCCUCACGCGGAAGUCCCGCAGGAUUUCAAGGACGCCUCAAUGUCCAUCUCUAUAAACCGGAAAGAUCUUGGAUUGUAUCCUUCUUAACCGCCUGAACAGUCAUCUGGAACAAGGUCUGCUCCUGGAAAGCCAGUUCGGCCUCCGUAGUCAUCAUGGGACCAAGGGCGUAAUCUUCGCCGCCCGCGAAAUCCAGGAGAAAUUUCAGCAGAUGCGGACUCACCUGCACUAUAUCUUCGUGGAUCUGAUGAAAUCCUUCAACAUGGUGGACCGCGAACGACUGUGA